GCUAGGCGCAGGCGCAGGCUAGCUCCGUCGACUGUUGUGACAUGUUAUGAUAGCGAUAUGAAUCAGGUGUCUGCUUUCUCAGCUCUCUCCUGGUCGCAUAACAACAAUAUUAUUGCCAAAGAUACUACAGUUACAGGGAUUAAGCAACACAAAGUUUCAGCAAAAGCUCAACUACAUACUCUUCUUACUCUCACCCCAGUACCCACGUGUCCGAGCCCGAGGACAGAGCUACGGCGUAGCACACAGGCGCAGGCCCGAGUGCAAAGCCAAAGGCAGCCGGCAGAGCUCGGAGCCGGCUUAGGCUCCUUAUGUUAUGAGCUGAGCUGAGUGAGGGGCACUGGGAGUGAGUGGGAGGAUCGAGGAUUCGAUUGGAGCUAGCUGGAUCUGGAGCUGGAGAUUGGAGAGUGCAGUGGUGGAACUUGGAAGCUUGGCUUUGACUUUGCCUGGCUCAACACAGCACUGACAAUUGGCCUAAGCUAGAUUGACGAACAAGCAAGAAGAUGACGGAUUUGUGGUCUGCUGUUCUUAUAUUCUUCAUUGCAGUAGGCCUAAGUCUUUUGCAAUUGACUGAAUGUGGUCCUCGCUUUUGGCAUAUACCAGAUCCUAGUCUAGGUGUGGAAUGUCCACGAACUCCAAAUUUUGGAGAAUACUGUGAUAAGUUUGGCUCAGGGCGGAUUAAAGAAUGUUCCCCAUGCAGCAUUGAACAGUUGAAGGACCAGAGAAUAUCACACCCUGAGGACUGCGCAAAUGUACCAUGUCCUUACCGCUGUCCAGAAGAAAUCAGCGACAGAAGUGCAUCAGCUCCAUUCAAUAGCUGUGAUGUAACAACAGCUUCCCCAACUACCCUCGAUUUAACUACUGAAGCUCCAUCCACAACAACCAAGGGAACAUCGACCCAAACGACUGUAUCUGGGAUUACUACCUCCGUUUCUUCAACAACGCAAAGUCCCACUGAUGACUCUCCAUCGUCACCCAGAUCUAUACAUGUUAUCCUCUGGCCGAUACUAGUGUUUGCAGUCUUAUUUACAGUCAUCUGUGCAGUAAUUUGUGUCAGAAAAUGCAAGAAGAAUCAUAUUGUUACGUCACCAUCAAAUGAGCCGAUGAUAGCUGAGAUAAACAUUGAGAUGACUCCGCCUCACACGCCACUAAGUCCUGAAUUUGUACCUGGACCAUCAUCUGUAACCAUUAGGUCAACAGAGCCUGACCUGUUUGCAAAGCUGGAUUGUGCCUGUGGAGAUGCUGCUGUUCCAGUAGGACCAUCAGGGGCUAUUCUUCCAGACUUGCUGCCAUCCACAAGGUAUGGUAUCACUGUAGGCACCCAGGAUCAUGAAGGCUUUCAUCAAAAAUACCAUGAGAUGAUUAAAACAGCAGACACCGUCAAUGAUGUUGAGGGGUGCACUUUUACUCUACAAGAUCUAAAAACCCAUAUAGAGAAUAAUUCUCAGGAUUUUCAGACCCUCAGAGUCACUUUUAACCAUGUUGAGGAUGCAGCUUUUCGUAGAGCGAUGAGCAGGCUUCUUAGAGUUGCUAGCCUCCAUAAUGAAAUUGGACUGUCAUUUUUGGAGGAUAUCAUCACCAUUGACAGUGAGAGGAGAGCAGGGAAUAGUUUGAAGUUACAUGUGAUACUGAGUGAGCUCAUAGGAUGUCAUUCAACUGUUCCUGACUUUGUUGAAGAAAUCGUACAAAAAAUAAGUUCAAUUCAUGAGGAUUGCUUACCUUGUAGGCAUUUAGUGUGUCAAAUUUCAAAGAAUUCUUUGGUGACUACUGUUUGAUGCAGAUUAUCAAGGUUAUUGUAAUGAUAUCAACUUCAAAUAGCAGUCUCCAUAGAAUUUGUUAUAAUACCAUAUUAUAGGGGACGUGUUCAAGCCAUUUUUGUCUCGCCCACCAGAGGUGAAGGCGAGACUUAGGGAUCCAAAUGUUGUCCGUCCAUCACAAAUUU